UGUUUAGCAACACGUCAUGCAACACUGGCAGAACACGGCUAGCGUCUGUCUCCGCUGCCGUCUGCGCUUCACCCGUGACGAGAGCACAACACCCACCUGGCACGGCGUGCGCGGAUUUAUUUUGCCGAAGUCUUUUGACAGUCAUGAAAUUGUCCUCGCGCAUUCCUGCGCUAUUAAGACACUCGUGGAUCCCUCGCAGGAAUUUCCCGUCUGUCGCUGUCUGUUUUCUUGCGGAGGUGGAUUUACGGAUAUGAUGGCAUUUUUAUGAGGAAAAAUGAAUAAAGGAGUACCACAUAGCACAUACCAGGGAAAGUCCAGCGCCAUCUUUCACUAUCUACUCCGUUGACGUUUACUUCCUGUUUCUCUUGAGAUGGAACGACUGGGAAAAAAAAGCACAGGAGUAAUGCGCCAUCUUGCGUCGGAGAAGAGACAUUGUCUCACUCUGAAGACGGAAGUAAAGCGCUGGGCUGUUUCAAUUAAUCUCAUCAAGUACUCCGUGAACAACAAAAGGCAAUUCCGGCAUGUGGAACAUCUGCCUUCAAACCAUUUUGUCCCCAAUAUCACAUUUGGGCACCCCAUGGUGGAAUGCCUGCGAAACGUAUUAGGCAAAGACCCUUUCUUUGACAUGCACAUGAUGGUGUCCAAGCCCGAGCAGUGGGUGAAGCCCAUGGCUGCCGCAGGUGCGAACCAGUACACGUUCCACCUGGAGGCCACCAACAACCCGGGGAGCCUCAUUAAAGAGAUCCGUGAAAGUGGCAUGAAGGUGGGAUUGGCCAUAAAGCCCGGGACUACCGUUGAAACGCUGGCACCGUGGGCCAACCAGAUUGACAUGGCUCUGGUCAUGACCGUUGAACCUGGCUUUGGAGGACAGAAGUUCAUGGAGGACAUGAUGCCGAAGGUGAGCUCGCUGAGACGUCAGUUCCCCUCGCUGGACAUCGAAGUAGACGGCGGCGUGGGCCCCGACUCCAUUUACAAGUGUGCGGAGGCCGGCGCCAACAUGAUCGUGUCGGGCAGCGCCGUGAUCGGCAGCGACGACCCCCGCUCCGUCAUCGCCCUUCUACGCACGGUGGUGGCGGAGGCCAUCCAGAAACGCUCGCUGGACCGCUGACAUGACUUUUUGAUGAACUCCGGUGUACGCGGAAGGUGAGGCCGGCAGUUAAGUGAAUGAAGCCGGAGCGUGAAACAUUCCCAAUAGUUUUGAAAUGAAAUUAGCGCUACAAGCUGUGUCAAAAAUUAUUUUUCUAUAUACUGUGUAUAUGCACACACUUCUGGUGUUCAUCUGUGGGAGUUGGUUUUGUUAAUUAAAAAGCCUUCAAUGUUG